GGCUAGAUCCAUAGUGUAAUUUAAAUAUAUCUAUACUUUCUCACAUAUCGUAUUUUAAGUCACGCUAAGGUAGACUCAACACUUAACAAAGUAAAGACUGAUAUCAAUGCAAGGUUUUUAAAAGGUCCAUGGAUUGUCCUCUAGCUAUGGGUGGAGGAAAGUAUCACUAGGGUCCAGGUCACUUGUGAUUAAGGGAAUUUAAACGGGUAUCAUAUGAUUCAACUACAUAUAUGUUUGAAAGAUGACAUCGGUCAGGUAUGGUCAUUUGGUUAUAGUUAUUCGUCACUGUGGAGUAAUGUUGACCAAAGAAUUGUUCCUGAAAAGAGUUAGUGAUAUAACACCGAUUGGAUCUGAUAACCCGUGGACUGUAGAUGAUUUCUUAAAAGAAAAUAAAAAAGAAUUACUCGGGUAUAAACAUAUAAAAUCAAAACAACAUAUAUUCUACCCUGGAGAGAUGGUGAAUGCCAAUGUCGAUGAGUGGGAAUUGAGUACGUUUUGUCUCCUGCUAUUAGAUUUCUGUAAAUUACCGAAAAAGAUUCGCCAGGACAUACUUUGCUUGAAGCAUCUAAGAAACAAGGUUGUGCAUUUUGGAGGAACUAAAGAUAUUCCAGAGGGAAUGUAUAUAAGUUAUAUAGAAAAGAUGAAGCGUAUCUUUAGACUAUGUGAGGAAGAAUUAAACAAUGAAAAACUAAAAUCAGAACUAGACAAAAUUAUUGAAAAUGAUCAAAAUAUUCAGCAAAAAGACGUUGAAGAAGGAGAGAAAGAAUUAAAGCAAUGGUUCAUAGAAGAUCAAACAUUUAACAUUGGAAUUUCAAUAGAAAACGAUGGGAAAGAUGUAGGCGAAGUAAAGACAGACCUGCUGGAUUAUCAUAUGAAGUUUGAAGAAAAAGACCGAUCAACAAAUAUAGAGAUAUCAAUAUCAAUAGGUAUAGGGUGGCAAGGUGAACACAAGCAAUCAGGAGAACUAGCUGCAGCCCAACAGGACAUAUCAUCUGGAACAACUUCUCCAGGGGAAUCCUCAGCAAAGAGAACAUUCAGGAUUUCCAUAGAGAAAAUUAGAGGUGAUGUUCGUGAAAUGGGAGAUCCUGAUUUUGAAAACGUUGGACCUGGUUCAAUUAUAUUCAAGUUCACAUGUUCUUCAGUAACGUCACUGAUAUACCUUCUAGAUUACUUCAGUGGACCAAUCAUUCAAAGAAGAUUGCUAGAUAUGACAAUGGCAAUUGAAGAAAUGAUAGAUGAUCUUGUGACAUUGCAAGUUUAUGUUCCAAGUAAAGCAUAUGAGGAAACAAUAAAAACAUUAGACGGUGUUUUGGAACACGGAGAGGGUUAUCGAAGUAUCGCUUAUAAAAGGCAAAAGUUAAGUGCAAAGAUUUUCAAUGACCCGUUAUAUGGCCAAAUAGAAUUGCAUCCUCUAUGUGUGAAGAUUAUAGACACACCACAGUUACAAAGAUUGAGGCACAUAAAGCAAUUGGAGACUGUGUAUUUAGUAUAUCCGGGUGCAAGUCACAACAGAUUUGAACAUUCUAUAGGCGUAUGUUACCUGGCCGGUAAGCUGCUAAGAGUUCUCAAAGAACGCCAGCCUGAGUUAGACAUCACCACAAAAGAUAUUCUGUGUGUAGAGGUUGCUGCCCUGUGUCAUGAUCUAGGACAAGGACCUUUCUCUCAUGUGUUUGAACAAAAAUUCAUUCCAGCAUACACUUCUCCGGAUGCUGGUUGGAAGCAUGAGAUGGCCUCAGUGAAGAUGUUUGAGCUUAUGUUACGUGAAAACAAUGGUCAACUGUAUGAUGACUUCAAACGGAUGAUACCUAGCUUUGAAGACAGAGAUAUAAUAUUUAUAAAAGAACUCAUCGGUGUUCGUAGGGAUAUAAAUGGAGAAAACUGGCCAUACAGUGGAAGAAACAAGCUAAAGAGCUUUUUAUAUGAGGUAGUAGCUAAUCACGUGACCGGGGUAGACGUUGACAGAUGGGACUAUAUUGCCCGCGAUAGCUACAUGCUGGGGAUGGAAAAUGGUUUUGAUCACAACAGGUGUAUACAACAUGCACGGGUACUUACAGCUGAAGGAAGAAAACAAAUCUGCUACAGAGAAAAGGCAGCUCAGGACAUAUAUGAUAUGUUUUAUGCAAGACUAACUCUAUACAGGAGAGCGUAUCAGCACAAAACGCAUAACAUUAUUGGAUUAAUGGUAUGCAAUGCUUUGCAUGAUGCAAAUGACCACAUUUCAUAUAUCGGAGAAAACGGGGCAAGUGUUAAAAUGUCUGACACAAUCUACGAUAUGAAGGCUUAUACAUAUUUCACUGAUGACGUCAUUCAAAUGAUACAGCGUUCCUCCAAAAAGAGUUUAGAAAAGUCAAAAGCUACGGUAGAAAGAAUAGUUCGCAGAGAUUUCUACAAAUGUAUAUGCCAGACACAAGUCAAAGUCACUGAGCAGAAAGAUAGAUUUGAGAAGGCAUCUGUCCAAGAAAAUUUGUUUAACAGGAUUAAUCAGAAAAGAAUUGAUGAGAGAGAUUUGUCGGAAAUCCUUGAAAUAGACGUUGUUAACCUGGAUUAUGGGAGCAAGGACAAAGACCCUGUUACAAAUGUCUGGUUUUUCAAAAAAGGCCAAGAAGAUACACCUAUACGUAUUGAUAAAGACCAGGUUUCGUUUGUCUUACCGGACACGUUUGCCGAACAAUAUAUUCGAGUGUACUGUAGUGAAACAGAUCAAGAAUUAUUCGAUGCAAUUGAAGAGUCGUUCGCAGAAUGGUGUAAGGAAAAUAAAAUUCCACAACCAAAGGGUUCCCGUAAACCUUUUGCAAGUUCGUCGGGACAGCCUUAAGCAAUAGAGGAUCAUUGAAUAGAACAUUAAUUGUGUCAGCACUCUCAUUG